AUGUUUCUGAGAACGCUCGUCCGAGCCAGCGUUGCGCUAUUAGCUAACGUAUCCGUAACUCGCGUUGUCUCUGCUGUCGAGGCCAAUCUUCAUGCUACAAAAGCAGGGCACAUCAAGAUUCAAUCCAAGGUUCACAAUGCAACUGGCAUUCGUUAUAUCAAGAACUCAGGAAUUUGUGAAACAACUCCAAACGUUACCCAAAUUUCUGGUUACAUCAACGUUGGAACAAACAUGUCCAUGUGGUUCUGGUUCUUCGAGUCUAGAAACUCACCGGAAACAGCCCCAUUCACUCUAUGGUUGAAUGGCGGCCCUGCAUGUUCUUCUAUGAUCGGAUUGUUCCAAGAGAACGGGCCAUGCUUAGUAAAUGCUGACCUCAAUUCCACCAUUCUUAACCCCUACAGCUGGAAUAGUCUCAGCAACAUGAUCUACAUUGAUCAGCCAAUCGGAACAGGAUUUUCUUACGGUACUGAUACGGUAAACAGCACGGAAACUGCUGCAUAUUUUGUAUGGACUGCAUUCCAGGUUUUGUUUGAAAGCCAGCUAUUUUCGAAGUAUGCCAGUCGAGAGUUGAUAUUUGCCACAGAGAGCUACGGCGGCCACUACGGACCCGGUUUUGUGACCUACUUUGAGGAGCGAAACGCCUUAAUUCCCAGCGGGGAGAUUGAUGCUGUUCCAGUUGUUGUCAGCGCCAUGAUGAUUAACAAUGGCUGGUAUGAUCCGCUCAUUCAGACCAUCUCAUACCUCAACUUUGCUACUUAUGCCCCUGGCUAUGGGCAGCUCCAGUCAGAUGACGUACUUAAGAACAUUUCGGAUUCCCUCUACGGUCCUGAUGGUUGCGUAGCGCAAGAAAAUGCCUGCUACGCUGCUGGAAAUUCCACUUCCUCAAACAAGAUUUGCCGGGAUGCCGAUAAUUACUGUGGCACUUAUGUCUUCCUCCCUGCUGUGGGCAAUUACGACAGCUAUGAUAUACGUCAAAAUUCAUCUGCUUUAUUUCCCCCUGAAUAUUAUGUGGAUUAUCUGGGCAGAGGGGAUGUCAUGAAGAAGAUCGGUGCUCAGGUCAAAUACGAGCAAUGCACAAGUGCACCUUAUGAGGAAUUUGCAAAGACAGGCGACGACGCUAGAACAUGGCUACCCCAGUUAUCGGCUCUGGCAAACUCUGGGCUGAAGAUUUUGAUUUGGGCUGGAGAUACUGAUAUAACGUCCAACCAUGCGGCAGUGCUAGCAAUGGAUUGGUAUGGCAACGAGACGCUCCAUAAUACUCCAUUUACCAAUAUGACGAUCAACGGCAAGCCUGUUGCGGCCGUGCAGAACGUCGACAAUUUCUCCUUUGCACGGGUGUAUGGUGCUGGACACGAAGUGCCUGCCUUCCAGCCCCAAGCAGCUUUGGAGAUUUUCUCGCAGGUUAUUCGUAAGGAACAACUUCACUCUGUCUAA